AUGCUGGUGAUAUAUGGCCUUGUUCUAUUUUUGUACCUGACGCCUCUCCCUACUUACCUGUCUGGUAAUCAUCCCAAGAGCCACAUGACGUUGUAUCUGAACCACCACUCCAUCAUCGGUACGGAGGAAGACUUGACAUACCUUCCAGCAUUUCCAAUUUACCUGGUUGUUACCUCGUUCCUCGUUUAUGUUAUGUACUUGGCAGCAUAUGAGUGCGCAACGCGAGCGAACUUGAUCAAGCUAAAAGGCCUGCCAUACCCAGCUCAGCCUCAUCCAUUUGGCUCCGCUCCGAACUGGAUUGUGCCCGUGCUUCGCGAUAUUCGUGUGCAACCGUCCAGCAGUGUGCGCGCAGACCCAACCAAGCAGAGCACUAGCAUUGAGCGAGCCAAAACUCUGCCUCCUCAGCUUGUGUAUAUCGGCUUUCUUUGGGUUUGCUCGUGGCCUGUACCGCUCAUCACGUUCGGUGUCGGUGCAUUUGACGAUGCAGCAUGGUGGGCCUUUUCGUUCGUUGCUCUCAGCAUCCAUCUCGUUGUUGAAUGGUGGAUCUACAAGGCUGAGCUCGAUACAUUUGGCUUGUCAGGUCUUAAGUACAACUACAAAGGUGCCUAA